UCGGUUUGAAACUGUCAGAAGCUGAAGUCGAAGUUUGCAUUAGGUUCUGGGAAGGAAUUUACUCAAAGAAAAAGCAUAACGUAUUUAAAAAAUAUCGGAUGUAAAGAUAUUUUUGAACAGAUGUCCUCAGAUGAAGAAGGAGCUAGUACGAGUCCAGUGUUGCCCAGAGAUUCAGAUCGGGGUAGUUCAGUCUCAUCAGAACUGCAGGGAGAAUAUGAAGAGCUGCAUCGAUAUGCUGUAGUAACUCCAAAGUUUGAACUUGGUACCCAGAGGCAGGCUCUGAGUGCUUCACAACUGACAGCAGAUGGGAGAAUCUCAAGCUUAAUGGAUGAUGUUCUCUUGCAGAAUUCGGCAGAACAAGACAAAAGCAGGCAUGAAUUACCUUCAGAUAGACAGUUAGGAACAUCAAGAGUUACAACUGAAGGGAGACCUGCAGCUGCCAUGGAAAGAAUGGAAGGUCAAGGGGUGCUAUUAAGGACUCCUGUUGAGUCUGAUGUGGAAUCUGGCUCUAAUCUUCAUUCACCUGCUCAUUCUGUAAAGACCUCAUCAGUAAGCAUCUUACCUAGUACCUCUGAUUACAAUGUGAUUAUGGAACUGUUUAUUCCUGAAGAGAACAUGAACAAAAUGGAACACUCACUGGAUACCUGGAGCAACCAACUAAAGACAAAUGUUAUAACUGAGCUAAGAAAAUGGAAACUGGCUGUCAUUGAACAACACAGACUGCAAAUGAAGAACGAAAAAGAAAAGCAUGCCGCCCAUGUGGCUCGUUUAACCAACGAUAUGGACGAUUUAAAGGAGCUGCUACAUACGUAUGAGAUCUCGAACCAGAGAAAAGAUGAGGUGAUCUCUAAUCUUAUGCAUGGAAUGGAACGACUGAGGGAAAAGCAGGAGCUAAUGCGAACUUUCUCUCAUUGGAGAAGCAAGCAAUGCGAGGCUAGGGAGGAGGCAUAUUCAAAUGGCCUAGCUGAUCGGCACUACAAGCAAAUGCUAAUGAAGAAGGUGUGGGUGGCUUGGCACUCUGUCAUUGAAGUGAAAUGGAGAGAAAGGGUGGAGCGGGCAUGUCAAGCUAGGGCCGAGGAGGUCUGUCUCCAGUUAUCCACUGAUUAUGAACGUAAAAUUGAAGAACUUUCUGAAGCACUUGAAAAAGCCAGAUGCGAGAUCCAGCAGUUACAUUCUGAAAGGGAACGAUAUGAAGAAUCAAUGAAGAAAGCAUUUAUGCGUGGGGUGUGUGCCCUGAAUAUGGAGGCGAUGACCAUGUUUAACGGAAGAGAGGGUAGGCUGGAGCAUGAGCAUCCCUCCCGAAGGGAAGAGCCUGGCUCCAGCAUAUCGGUUAAUUUUCAACAGCCAGCAGCAACCUCAGCCAGCUUCAGCCCUGUUCACUUUGAAUCUGCCCCUGCAACAGCAGCACCUAGUGACACAGAGCAGAUGUUCACAUCCCAUUUUGGAUCUGUUAGCGCACCAGCUAGAACAGCAGAAGACAUCUCGGCCACUACCACAGUCGAUGGCACCACAAAACCAUCAACCCACAAACUGUCCGUCACCCGGGUUGUGACCGCAGCACAGCAGAGAGCAGAGAAGACUAUAACCGCUCGGAUCACAGGCCGAUCAGACCUAGGACCGAAGAGCAGCAGGAUCGCGGGCAAUCUCAAUGUAAUGGGUGUGGCCCCACCAAUGAGUUCAGUUGUUGUGGAACGGCAUCAUCCAGUUACACAGCGAACUGUUGGCCAAGCAACUGCUGCAAAAUUUCCCCGAUCUGGACAGCCAUCCUCCAGCGCUGGGAGAGUUUCAGGACACAGUGGAAGAAGUCAUCAAAUCCAAUCAAUAAAAGUCGUUGAAUGAACACAUUAGCAGUCCUGAAACUCCUGUAUACUCCAAGAACGCUGACCUGUGAAUGCGUGUGUGUGUGUGUUUUUGGGAGAAAAGGCCUGGUGCGAUGUGUAAAUCACGCUUCAUUCCCAUUAAAUUGUAAGCUUCCAGUUGAAAAUUGCUUUCAACGAGCCACAAAUCUGCUUUCAGGUGAAUUAUCAGGAUUUACAUUUUAUAUUUGUACUGUUUACAUUUUUUCUUAUGUGUAUGCUUUGAUUGUAUGCAAUUUUAAACUGUACAUAUUUUUUAUAAUUUAUUAUUAAAAUAGCACAUAAAACCUGUUAGUUUAUAAUUGCAUUAUGAAACAUUUUGUAAUAAACCAUUUUCAUUUUUUUAAAAAUGACUGGUGGAUAAUGUGCAGAUGAUACAGUGUACAGUCCCAGAUAAGACCAAUUCACUGUGUCUUAACAGGAUAGCUGCAUAACCUUUGAAUGGUGUGUUAAUGUUUGUCAGGAAAACGAUUCACUUUAAAAACACACAUACAAUUAUUAUAAAAGGUAUAUUAAUAAUUUGAAGAGAGUUUAUCACCAUUUAUAUUUUGCUGACAUGAUCUCCAUCAAGCUUUAACCAUAUGGACUGUCUUCUAUGCAAAGCUCAAUCGCAUUCUAGCUCUACACCUUUCACAAGGUACUACCGGUAAUAGGCUCCUAACUCUUUUUUUUUGUUUGUUUGUUUUGUUCCCUAUAUAUUUUAAACACAUUGAUUGUACUAAAAAAUAAAAUAUAUA